AUGCCCAGUACCAAGUCGCCAUCGCUAGCACGGCUUACAACGGCUGAUGUAAAGCCGUUGCUCGGAUCAGCUCCAUUCUUCGGGCAGGGUCAAGCGAAGGGAGAGCAUGCUUCAAACGAUGUGCUACUCUUGGAGGGUUCCCGCCUCCAUGGGCCUCCUGUUGUUUUUCUAGGUCUGCAUGAACCGGAUUCUAUGGUUGGCGCCCAAGCUCUUCCCUCAUCGGAAUUCAGUGGCAAGAGCGACGUGAGCACUGUGCUCGCCAAUCUGAGCGGAACACCGUUUUUCUCCUUAGAUGUCUCUGGCAUUGAACAAACCGACUUAGACGCUGCGCUGCAGAAUUCUGCAGCAGGCAAGGCAGGUGCCGAACUGUCCUUCGCGGAACCAAGGGGCGCGAUGGCGAUGUUCGAUGCGUUCGAUGCGAGCAUAUUCGCUAUGGCUAGGACCAUGGUAGACUGGAAUUUCCGCAACAAGUUCUGCCCGUCGUGCGGAUCUCCCUCGUAUUCGCACUGGGCAGGAUGGAAGAGAUCCUGCAGCUCGCUACUGCCAUGGGCGGACAACACUGGGAAGAAACCUUGUGCUACUGCGAAGGGCUUGCACAACUUCAGCCACCCAAGGACUGACUCCGUGGUCAUUGUGGCAAUAGUAGAUGAGGCCAACGAAAAAGUUUUGCUUGGCAGGAACAAGAACUGGCCUGCGAAAUUCUACUCUGCCAUGGCGGGCUUCAUUGAGCCAGGCGAAUCUUUUGAGGAUGCGGUCAAGCGAGAAAUGUGGGAAGAAGCUGGUGUGAAGGUGUGGGACGUGCAGUAUCAUUCCAGUCAGCCGUGGCCAUAUCCCGCCAGCCUAAUGGUUGGUUUCUUUGCGACUGCCGACUCAUCGCAGCCGCUACAGACAGAUCUCGACAAUGAGCUUGAUGACGCGCGCUGGUACACUCGAGAAGAAGUGCUCUCGAUUUUAAGCCAUAAUGAGGGAAUGCAUCUCAGUGGUCGUGAUUAUCGCAAGAUGGCUGAUGCGCAGGAUGAGAGGGACCACAUCAAAAACAACGCUGGUUCCAACAGCAGCGCAUCGACUAUGCCCGGAGAUCAGCUAGAGGUGCCGUUCAGGAUUCCACCUCUGACCGCCAUAGCGGGAGUGAUGGUGAGCGAAUGGGCUUAUGGACGUGCGGGACCAGGUGCGAACGCCGAGUAG